CCUCGCCUCUCUUCCCUUCUCCUCGCCAGCGGGGAGCUGAAGUUGGGCGGAUGGCAGCAAACCGGCUCCGCUAGAGGACCGAGCAGCUCAGCCUCGCGCCCCCGGACCCAUCGGUGCGCUGCCCACACCUCCAGGCGACUGGCCAAUUGGGCACUGCAGUAGCUGAAAUGCGAAAAAGGCAACAGUCACAGAAUGAAGAAACACCUGCUGUGUCUCAAGCACCUGGAAACCAGAGGCCCAACAAUACGUGUUGCUUUUGUUGGUGCUGUUGUUGCAGCUGCUCCUGCCUCACUGUUAGGAAUGAAGAAAGAGGGGAAAAUGCAGGAAGACCCACACAUACCACAAAAAUGGAGAGUAUCCAGGUCCUAGAGGAAUGCCAAAACCCCACUUCAGAUGAAGUCUUGUCCUGGUCUCAAAAUUUUGACAAGAUGAUGAAGGCCCCGGCAGGAAGAAACCUCUUCAGAGAGUUCCUCCGAACAGAAUACAGUGAAGAGAACCUACUUUUCUGGCUUGCCUGUGAAGACUUAAAGAAGGAGCAGAAUAAAAAAGUAAUUGAAGAAAAGGCCAGAAUGAUAUACGAAGAUUACAUUUCUAUACUCUCACCAAAAGAGGUCAGCCUCGAUUCUCGAGUUAGAGAGGUGAUCAACAGAAAUCUGUUGGAUCCUAAUGCUCACAUGUAUGAAGAUGCCCAACUUCAGAUAUAUACCUUAAUGCACAGAGAUUCUUUCCCAAGGUUUUUGAACUCUCAGAUUUAUAAGUCAUUUGUUGAAAGUACUGCCAGCUCUACUUCUGAAUCUUAAUUUUUAUUUUUAAAAAAUCAUUUUGGAGGGCUGGGAUGAGAAAUAAAAGUAGUUAAAUAACACCUGAAACUGAGUUCCUGGAGAACUACAGUUUAGCAUUCCUCAGGCUACUGUGAAAAUACAACCAUAUGGUCUUUGUCUCCAUUUUGUAUCAAGGUUAUCCAUGGUUACGUUUGGAGAAAAUACCACCUGAAACAAUGAAUUGCCAAAUUAAGUUUGUUUCGUUCAACACGCAUUCUACUUGCAAGCAAACUGUAUUUGUAGUCCUAUGAACAGUCUCCUAGUGUAUCCAGAGACUGCAUGUGCAAAGUAAAACCGCUUCAUUUGCCAUGUAGUUGUUGUUAAUAUUUAAGCCAAUGGCAUAACUUAUAUAUGUAUUUAAGGACUUUCGUGCAAUAUGGUCUUAUAGAAAUAAUUGCCAAAAAGUUGGCUGUGGUUUGCAUUUUUAAAUAUAAUCUAAGACAGAAAAAGCCAAUCUUUAAAUUGUAACUAUGAUAUUCAACAUGCUAUAUACUGUGUUCAGUACACUAAUUUUGAAGCCAAUAUUUCUGUACAUGAAAAAAGAGCUAUUUAUCUCUGUUUGUUGGAAAAUCCUAAUGGGGAAUUCCUCUGGUUGUUCACUGCCAAAACUGUGGCAUUUUCAUUACGGAAGAGUUUUCUUCAUAUAUAUAUAUAUAUAUGAAGAAAAGAGAAAAAAAAAGCACAAAACAAUUUGAAGAUAUUCUAUCUCAAAGACAAAUCAAAGAGCGAUAUUGUUUUUAACUGUAAUAGAGGAAAAUGAAUCUAUGUAUCAGAUGUCCAAUACUGUAAUUAAUUUAUUAAAGACUGGCUCUCCAGUU